AUGGCUCUCGAUCAACAGCAGCAGAAACCGGAAGUAGUACAGUCAACCACAACUACUAAAACCUCAGAUGGAUUGCUUAGAGCCAUCACGGGAGACAUCGUCGCCGGACUCGUUUCUGCUACUUGUGUUGCUCUAGCUGUAACAAUCAUCGACAGAGUCAUCAUCGAGAAAACGGCACGAAGAUACUGCGUUAUACCGGGAUUGCGAACAUACAUUCAUAGCGCCUUCAAGAACCCACGUCUCUUCAUCCUGGGCCAGCCCUUCCGCUAUGUCUGGGCUCUCUACGCUCCAACAUUCGCCGCUGCCAAUGUUGCAGAAACAUUAGCAACCCCGAUCAGCGACAGCGCAGCCAAGAUAGCAGCUGUGCUCGGUGUACUCACGAUCAACGUCCCACUGGGAAUAUGGAAAGACAUCAAAUUCUCGCAACUCUAUGGUCUUCCAUUGACAGGAAAUUCCACUGCAGUGUCUUCCGCUGCCUCCAAAAUGCGAAUGAAGGGUACCUCGGUGUUCCUAGUUCGAGACGCAGUCACUGUAUUCAGUUCUUUUGCAGUGGCGCCGUGUAGCUGGGGAUCUGCGUUCAAAAGCCGUGGCUUCGCACUUUACGGUGCCCGUACUGGCACAAUCUUUAUCUACGCCAUUGCAUCUCCUGGGCCUAGACUAUAUGGGGGUGCGAGAUUCUUCGUCGCUUCUUGCUAG